CCUAGACCCCUAGAGGGCGCUAUACAACCCGCAUUAAAAGAAGAUGGCGGCCUACGAGCGCGAAAUUCCACUUUUGGUCAUUCCUGACGCAGACGCCGCCACCAACUGCCUCUCUUCGGUCUGGGGUCUGGGCCACAAACUACUCCUGCACGCUGGCAUUGGCAAGAGGAUAUAUGAACACACACAAGGCAAAGGUUAUGAAGCACCCAUCUUGCAGAGCCCUCCCAGAUUGCAUUGGGUUCAAUGGCAAACAGACAUGCACAAACCCAUAGCAAGAAAACUGGUCACCCAAUCACAUGAUGUGUUUGUAGCACUACAGAAGCACGGUCCAGAGUCAUCAGAUUCUGUGAGAAAACCGCAACUCGUCAAGUACAGUCGACAUUACCGAGCCUUCAUGGGUGAAUGCGUGCAGGACUUGCGCAAAGCAGCAGCCGAUCCCAAUGUGUCUCGUGAGGAAUGUGAGAGCUACACAGCUCAGAGCGAGUUGCUGCAGACCAUGGGUCUCAUCUGGAGCCUCUGUGAGAUCCUAUUUGUGGAAACGCUGCCUGGUGGCGUGGUCUUGCAGCAGCUACAAGACUGGCUGAAGCUUCACUUCACAGAAGGCGAUCGCUUAGCCAGGGAAGUGUUGCAGUCAGAGGACUUCCAGUUCAAUGAGGUGUACUGGAAAGCUAUCUACAUCUAUGUGAUGCAAGGCAGAUUGGCCGAAGCUAGACAUCUUCUCUCCACGCACGCACAGCAAGAACAAGACACUCUCAAUACCUUUGCUCGCAUGGACAAGCUGAUGCGAGACAUGCCCGUCUUCAGCGCCUUGAGCCGGCAGUCCCUGGCCGAGUUUGACCUACGGUGGCGCCAUUGGCAGGACCAGUGCGCGCAGUGUCUGGAGGACAGUGCGUUCAUCUCAUAUCAUCAUCUGCACACGAUAUGCAGGAUCCUGUCGGGGGACCAGUCAGUCUUUUCAGAGCUCAGCGACAUGCUGGGCAGCUGGUAUCAGAUGCUGGUCACCAAGCUGCUGUACUCCAACCCGACAGUCAGGGCACUAGACCUGCAGUACCACGCCAAGGCGUGUAUUGAUGAGUUUGGUGGUUCCUCUAGGAUGAGUGCAUUAGACAACAUCUUGAUGGCAGCCUUUGAGUUUGACGUCCAUCAAGUCAUCAAAGCAAGCAGCGCCACCAUGAGUAAUUGGUGGUUCGUGGCCCAUCUGGCUGACUUGUUGCAUCACUGUGGCAAGCUGGACUCCCAUCAACUCAAUUUUGGCUCCAACUUGAGAGAGUUCCUUCUUCUUGAGUAUGCCUCCACCCUCAUGUCUCAUGACAGCUUAUGGCAGGUUGUCGCUGGUUACUUAGACCACUGUCCACAGUUUGGAAGGCAUUACCUGGAGCUCUUCAUUGAGAGAAUCCCGCUGCAGUCCGAGAGGAAAGCCAUGAAGGUGCUGAGGGUAUGUGAGGAAAGAGAAAUGACAGAACAAGUCAGGAGCAUCUGCAAGGUCCUUGGGAUGCGUUCCCUCCAGCAAGGCAGGCUAGGCUCGGCCCUGUCCUGGUGCAUCCGGUCCAAGGAUGCCGCCUUUGCCACGGUCCUCUCCGAUCGGUUCCUGUCUGAGUACAGCCUGGGAGGUGGCUUCUCUAACCUGGAUCUGAUUGACAACCUCGGCGCUGCCAUGCUGCUUAGUGAUCGACUCACCUUCCUAGGAAAGUACCGUGAGUUCCAUAAGCUAUAUGAGAGAGGGGAAUUCCAGGAGGCUGCUGGUCUCUUGUUGUCGUUGCUGACUGCCAAAUUGGCUCCAAAGAGCUUCUGGCUCAUUCUGCUGACGGACGUCCUCCCCCUGCUGGAAUUAGAAGAGCUGAUCUUCAGAAGCCAGCAGACCUACGAGUUGCUGCACUGUCUGAAUGAGCUGACCCAGUGGUAUUCCUCCAAGGACUACCUGAGGUCGGACGCUGCCAAACGCAAAACCAAGGGACAACAAGAGCUUGAGACCGAAAAACUUGAGCUCCUGAAACUGGGCCUGGCAAGAAACCUGGCACGGGCUGUUCAAGAGGAGGUUAUCAUAAGCUGAACAAUGCACCAGUCAUAUCAUGUCUACCAUGGUCAAAAGGAUAAGUUCCAGCUUACAGGCAAUCUGAUUGGUCAGUGGGAGACAGGCAGUGAUGCUAACAGCCAAUUGACUUUCAGGAUAGCUGGUGUAAACCGUCUGUGUGCGACAGCAAGUAACAUAUCUCAUUAUUGGUCACUGAGAGUUAUACUCUGAGGCCUUUAACCAAUCAGUUGAUUUGAACCAUCGAAGAGUGAAAGGCAAUCAACAGGCAGUUUGAUUGGUCUACACAGACUGUUUUUGUUGCCAUUAAUCAAUCCGAUAUGGUGUUCUAGUACUGGAUAUAUCAGAUAUUCCAAACCAAGCAGGCUUCUUGCCACAAGAAAGGGAUGAAUUGUCUAGAGUUGCUAUAAGCACAACAAACUGGCUAAGCACAAAACGUUUUUGCUUAAACGCAAAUGCAGGUCACCGGUUUCUAUUGUCUAGACAUGUAUAUUGUGUAUGAAAGGUAUUUGGGCUGUAUAUUACUUGUGAAAGGCGCUCAGCAUGUGUAUAUGCUUAGCAAUGAUUUCGGCUAUGAAAUUUAGGCUAGGACCAAGGAUUAUGUCUUUGAUUGGAUCUUACCAUUAUGCAAACAAAAAAUAAUCUAAUAAAUAAAAAAAAUCAAGGAAUUUUAAAUUCCUUGAAAAAAAGCUACGAUGUUUUCCCCAAUGUCCCAAGAUUUGCAUUUGCUUCUUUUCUACGCCAUUUUGGCUGUGAAAUUCGGUCAAGGAAUUAAGGCUUAGUCCCUUUUUUUGGAUUUUACCAUUAUGCAAUCAAAAAUACUCUAAUAAAUAAAGAAAAUCUAGGAAUUUUGAAUUCCUGGUAAGGACUGCAGUGCCCCCCCCCCCCCCACAACAGUGUCCCAAGAUUGUACAUUUGUUUCUUUUCUACCCCAAAGUUAAUUAUAAACUUUGGAUGAAAUUCAGGUUUAACAGUGAAGGUGUGUGGUGUGUGAACAUGAUUUCAUUAGGAAUCUAUCCUGAAAAUCUCGGUCCAAAUCUUCCAUUAAAAAAAUAGAAUUCCACUCAGGUGUUACUUCCAUUCAUUUUUAUCUUACAGGUGAAUUUCUAAAACCCCAUUUUCAUUAUUGUAUUUUUAUACCAAAACCACCAGCCUUCCAUUCUUUAAUAAAGAAUGCUUUUGUUGCCGUAAUGGUAUUUGCAAAUAUCGGUACACCUACUUGCAGAAAUAAACAAAGUGUAAAUAACAACUA